AUGUCCCAAUUCGAGAGCAAUUUCGCUCAAACCGACAAAACCGAUGCGAUUUUAUUGGUCGAUGGAAGAAAGUUACAUAUUAAUAAAGCGCUUCUGUCCUACCAUUCCGACUAUUUCAAGAACCUUUUCAAGUGGGAUUUCAAAGAAAAAUCGAUACCAGAAUUCAAAAUUGAUGACGUCGAUUUUGAAGAAUUCGCCACGUUGCUCAGUUUGAUUCAGGAGAAUCCGAUUAUGCCGACAGAAGACAACGCUGAGAACAUUCUGGAACUCGCUGAACGAUUUCUGCUCCCCACUGCCAAUCGCCACGUGGAACUGUUCCUUAUCUCGACUACGAUUCAUCGAUUCGAGAAAAUUCGAAUCGCUGAUAAAUAUCGAUUGAUGGAUCUGAUGGACCACGGAAUCCAACUUUUUCAGAAUUCUGGACAUUUUCAGUACUUGAAAAAUGCCACGUUUUAUAAGAACUUGGCAGAUGAGACGAAAGCAAAAAUGACUGUCUACGAGUCAACAUUCGCCCAAUCAGAUAAAACCGACGCGAUUCUAGUUGUCAAGCCAGAAGAGGAUAUUGAUUCCGACGAAGAAUAUGAAUCAGCGGCGCUUCUCUCCCACCAUUCCGACUAUUUUAAAGAGAUGUUUGAUGCUGAUUCUGGCAUAAAAUCUCCUCGCGAAUUUCUGAUCGAGGAUGUAAAUUUUGAAGAUUUCGCCACUCUUUUGAGUCUUGUUCAUGAAUCUCCGAUAACGUUUCAAGAAAGUGCUGCUGAAAGACUUCUGAAACUCGCAUAUCAAUUCCAACUUCCUGCUGCCAAACAUCACGUGGAACUCUUCCUGAUGGCGUCAUCGUCGUUCAGUAGAGACUCAAAAUUCCAGUUGGCUGACAAGUACAAUCUCGAGACGCUUCUUAAAUCUUCCAUCUCGAAUAUUAGUUCUGUGUGGGUGUGUCCAAAGGAAUCUACAUUGAAAGGUCUCUCCGAUAAGACUAAUGUCAGAAUUUUCCAUCGUCUUAUUGAUUUGGAGUAA